AUGGAGAAGAAACUUAUGUCAUUGCCUGCAACCAUCUCCAUGCCAGAAAUGGAUCCCAACAACACCUUUAACAAUGACAACAGCAACAGAAACUGCACAAUUGAAAACUUCAAGAGGGACUUUUACCCCAUCGUUUAUCUGACAAUAUUUGUCUGGGGCAUCUUGGGAAAUGGCUUCUCCAUAUAUGUUUUUCUGCAGCCUUAUAAGAAGCCUACACCAGUGAAUGUUUUCAUGCUAAACUUGGCCAUUUCAGAUCUCUUGUUCAUAAGCACCCUGCCCUUCAGGGCUGACUAUUACCUCAGAGGCUCCAAUUGGAUAUUUGGGGACCUGGCCUGUCGGAUUAUGUCUUAUUCGUUGUAUGUCAACAUGUAUAGCAGUAUCUAUUUCCUGACUGUCCUGAGUGUUGUGCGUUUCUUGGCAACUGUUCACCCCUUCCGGCUACUCCACAUCACUAGCAUCAGGAGUGCCUGGAUUCUAUGUGGGAGCAUAUGGAUCCUUAUCAUGGCGUCUUCAGUAGUGCUACUGAACACUGGAUCUGAGCAAAAUGGCAAUAACUUCCAAUGCCUAGAUCUCAGUAUCAAGAAAGUUGUUAAACUACAAACCAUGAACUACAUUGCCUUAGUGGUGGGCUUUCUGCUGCCGUUCUGCAUACUUAGUAUCUGUUACCUGCUGAUCAUCCGAGCUCUAUUAAAGGUGGAGGUUCCAGAAUCAGGGCUACGGGUUUCUCAUAAGAAGGCUCUAACCACCAUCAUUAUUGCCUUGAUCAUCUUCCUCCUAUGUUUUCUACCCUAUCACAUACUGCGAACACUCCACCUGCUGGUGUGGAAAGUGGAUUCAUGCGUAGAUGGAGUGCAUAAAGCUGUGGUUAUCACUCUGGCCUUGGCAGCAGCUAAUAGUUGCCUCAAUCCCUUUCUCUACUACUUUGCUGGGGAAAAUUUUAAAGACAGACUAAGAUUUGCAUUUAAAAAUGUUUAUCCACUGAAGAAAAAAUAUAGAUUUUCUGCCAGUUCAUGGUUGAAAAGGGAAACACCAGUGUAA